AUGAAGCCCGAACCCGGGCACGACCAGAUAUGGUCGCUGACAGGUGAGCUUUUGUGGGACAUCAUUCUGUUCUUGGACGGAAAGGCGCUGCUGGUACUUGGAACUACUGCGAGCUAUGUUCUUCUGACCUGCGAGCGCGCCAAGCUACAACGAUGUUUGUUGCAGGUAAAAGCUCCUGUCAAGCGACCCGCAGGCUCCAAACUUCGGCUCAGUGACGAUGGGCAUGUGAGCCGCCGCCUGUGUCCCCCACCACGACAAAGGUAUGUCAGGAACUUCCUGCCUGUGCAGCAGUCCCUGGCGAAGCUCGCUCGGUUUUCAAAGGAGGGAGAUCGGCUUGCUCUUGGGAGCUUGCUACCAUGGCUGGAGAACGGCGAUGCGUGUACCCGUGCUGCAGCGGUGCGGGCCGUUUCUCGUGUCGCUCGCCGCGAGGACCGCGACGUGCUGGCUUCGCUGCUGGCAUGUCUGAGGGAUUCCUCCUUCGGCGGCGCCGCCAUGGCUGAGAUGGGCCCUGCUCUUCGAUGCCUCGUUGCUCCUGGUGAUCCCGAAGUUGUGGACCACAUCACCGGAUUGCUGUCGAACGCCGCCUUCGCUGUGCGCCAUGCGGCCUUGCAGGCUUUGCCCCACGUGGUGGCCAAAGGCGAUGCACAUGCCAUUGACAAGAUCCUGGCACGAGCGGAUGACAAGGACGUCGAGAUUCGGGAGGAGGCCAUCCGCGCACUGGCCCAGGUUGCCAGCGAAGGUGCGGAAACCAAAUUGACUAAGUCCAGUGACAGACAGAGCACUGAUUAG